CAGCAACCAUGAAGUUCCUCAUCCUCUCUUGUGUUGUGAUCGGAGCCCUGGCUGACCUGCCUCGCUUCAGACCUGCGAGGUUCAGGUUCCAGCGUCAAGAGCUAGCUCCGACCACCACGGAUUCACCAACUGAACCGACCACUGAAGCAUCAGGACCUUACCCACCAUCAGGAUGGAAACCUGCUGGAGAACCAUUCACUCUCCCCAACGAGCAGCAACCUGAGAAGCCAGCUGACCAAUAUGGAGCGCCUGCUGAUCAGUACGGAGCUCCAGAUGCACCAUACCCAGCUUCUGGAUGGAAACCUCAAGGUCAAGCUUUUGAGCUGCCCAAGCAGACACCACCAGCUACCAGCUACGGCGUUCCCGACAAUACUUAUGGAGCUCCUGAGUCCACUGAAACUCCAACUACUGAUAACCCUCAAGCUGAGAGAUUAGAAGGACCUGUAGAUGUCCAGAAGAGUAUUGGAACUUACUACGUGCUGCUCCCAAAUGGACUGCUGCAAAAAGUGGAGUUUGCGACGGAGAAUGAUGUCCAGAACAUGAAGUAUACUGCGAGACUCCAGCUGCGCAGACCUGCUCCUGUACUUUUGAAGUUUACCAAAUGAUGGUUCUGAAUAAACUGUUUAUUAUGCUGUGAAAGAUCUGUUUCUUCUUUGUAUUUGCUAAGAUUUUAUAAUAAGUACAUAUAAGAGAUUGUACUAGUGACAUAUGUUUAGAAAGGCGGUAAGUAAAAACUUAAAACUUAUCCAUUUAUCAGGUCAAACAGUUAAGUUAAUACAUCGUAAAACAUAAUUAAUUUAAUUGUGUCUACUGAUAUCGCAUUAUGGCUCCAGUUAAUGCAUUGGAAUUUAAAACAGCAUUAAUUGAUUUCGGAAUUUAUCAAUAACGUUACAAUGCGAUACAUUAAAAGCUUAUGUUAAUUACAUUAUAAUAAUGAUAAAAGUACACUUUAUAGUUU